AUGUCUACUCGUAACCCCACCCAUGGCACAAAGGUCACCGACCCGAAUGCACCACAGAUUCACGAAGGAGCAGGCGCCGUUGCUUCCGACUCCCUGGCAGCAGAGUCGACUCGAGCAGGCGGUGGGUUCGCCGAGAAUCGUAACAGCGAGCCCUUAGGAGUCUCUGGAUCAAACUCCACAUUUGCAAACGAAAACAUCUCGGGGCCCAGACGCCUAGACCCUGCUCUUGACGCUGAAGCACGCAUGGCCGAAGAGGACUGGGCGGAGGAGAAGAAACUGGGUGCUACUGCUUCAUCAUACCCCGAUUCUACUGGGGGCCAGCGUGGCUCUUCUGGAAGCAGUGGAGAAGACUCGAGCAGUGCUGGGAUCGCGCCGUCGUACGUGAACAGCCAGUACCACGACACUGCCGGUCCUAAGGGAAGAAACUUGCACGAAGGUGGUUUUGAGAGCCGAGACGCGAACAACGCCAGCUUCAACUCGGAGAUUGGGUCUAAGAACGACCCGAGUAGAUUGGCUGAACAAAAAUUCCAAAGACAGAAUGCCGAUUACGAUGGGGAUGCUGCCUUUCCUAAACAGAAGGGAGAGCUGGAGGACAAUGCCUAUGAAACUCUGAAACGGGAUGCUUCUGCAUGA